AGAACGGAUUUCAAGGAUUUUGUCCAUAUUUUUCAACAAGAGAUCAGAGCUGGAAUACAGUGAGAUGAUGAUGAGAUAGGAUAAAAUAUCUUGGGCUGCUGGGCUGGGGAGGCGUAUGAUAACAACCAGCGGUAUUGAAUUAUGCAGAGGUCCAUGGGCCGUGGGCACAGGCCCAACGGCGAGGACGAAAGAUUGGGUCCCUUGGAGAAUAACCUCACGCUCUUCUGGAUCCUCACCCCUCUGGCAGCUACCGUCUCCUUGGUGGUCAUCCUCUUGGCGAUCUUCACCAACCAGUGGCUUCACACCGAAGAGAAGAUGCACAAUCCUUCUUACAACGGUACAGGAGAUCGGGAUUUCCUCUCCAAGAUGACCGUUUCCGGACUUUGGACGUUGUGCUUCACUAACCCUGGAGAAACGCUCUACGAAUGCAUUAGGAUUGAUUAUUUCACCAACGAGGAGUACAGCCCCGAUCCGAACGACUCGACCAUGGCCAUACCCUAUGCUGUGACUCGAUCCAUACUCUUCUUCGCGAGUGCAACCUGCCUCCUAUUCGCAGCCUAUUGUUGCUGCAUAGCGGGACAUUGUCUGAAACAAAGGGGGCUGUGUAUCUUCAUCUCGAGCGUCUCGUUCAUUGUCACAGGUUUGGUGAUGCUCUUCGGUCUGAUAGUGUACAUCUCGAUAUUCAAAUCAGAGAUCGGUGGUAAGCUGAGGCCGAGGUCGCAGCUGCAGCCUCCCGCCUUCACGUACAGCUACGGCUUCUCGUUCUUCCUCUACGUGUUCGGAUUCAUCUGCACGCAGUUAACGGGCGUCUGCUCGCUGCACCUGGUGAUCAACAAACUCCAGUACGAGUUCAGGUGCGAACACCUGGAGGACCUGAAGCAUGGCGGUGGAGGCGGCGGAGCGGGCGGCAAACUCAGACAGACGAUGAUCAACUAUAUGCCUUUGGACCACAACAGCUACUACCCAUGUCGACGCCAUCCGCAGGCCUACAUCAACACGAACAGCAUCCACGUCCCGGCAAACUACCCGUCGCCCGUCCACCAGCGCCGAUACUUCUUCAGCAAGGAGAACCACGAGUCGCCUUGCGGCAUCCACCAUUCCGUCAAGGACGUGGCCACCUUCUACGACUUCCCACCGCCGCCGACGAUAAGCUACAGGGAGUCAAACAUGAGGCUGUUUCCCAGGGACAUCACGACGAACACCGUCUCGACGACGGCCGACAUCAUAGACGACUUCAUAGUCCCGGAUGACUACUCCCCCAGCAUACAGAACGAGCACGAGUUCGUCACGUUCGACCUGGACCAACCGCUUCCCUUGCGCGUGCCCAGUUGUGUGUCCAUCAACUCGAAAAACGGCCGUUCCGAUACGCUGCGCAGGACUACACCCGUUUGAAACAGUGUCCCCAUGCCAAAAAAACAAACACUUGCGAACUACAAACGUACCCCGACGAAGCCCUUCUUCGUCAAAGGGUGAUGCAGAAAGCGCAACGCCCUCGCACGACACCCACCCUCAAAGACCCCAAGUUGUUAUAUCUAAUUGUUGAAGUGAUUCCCAGGAUGAAAUAAAAAUUUAAACUCUUACCCUCCAACACCACCCACAUACACACCCACACUCAUUUAUAUAUAUAU